ACUAAGGCUGCCAUGGACAGUUCCACUUGAGCCGUGCAACAACAGAGGUUUACAACGAAACCAAGUGUGUUAUAUCGGGAUAAGAAAUUUCAUAUAACAACAGCAACAAGGAUACAAAUUACCAAAGAGGAAGGGAAAAAAUUUAAAACAAUUGUGAAUUAGUUUAGUGAACUAAAAAUAUGGAAACACUACAACAGGAAAGUUCUCAGCUUCCUUUGGGAGCUGCCACCAGUUCGGCUGGCACCUGGCUGAGCUUGGUCUUCGGAGUGGGUGUUAUUGCCAUACUCUAUGAAUACUAUCGCCGCAAUACUCGUGCCUACCAAUUGAUGGAUACCAUUCCGACUCCCAAACAAAUGCCCCUCAUCGGCAAUGGCCACAUGGCAUUUGGCCAAAAUAAUCAUCAGAUUUUGAAGCUGAUAAGCCAGGUCUUCAAGGAUUGUGGUGAAACUGUGCGAAUCUUAUUGGGUCACAUGAAUAUUGUGUUCCUUACGAAUCCAGCCGAUUUGGAAAUCUUCUUAAAUGGCUAUAAACAUUUGGAGAAAUCAGUGGAAUAUCGUUACUUCCAGCCCUGGUUUGGAAAUGGUCUCUUGAUCUCAAAAGGCCAUCACUGGCGUCAUCAUCGCAAGAUGAUUGCCCCCACAUUCCAUCAAAGCAUUCUGAAGAGUUUUGUGCCCACAUUUGUCAAACACUCCAAGGCGGUGUCGGGACGUUUCGCCUCAAAGGUGGGCCAAGAGUUCGAUUGCCACAAAUACAUGUCGGAGACCACUGUUGAUAUUCUGCUGACCACUGCCAUGGGCUGUAAACUUCAACCUGAAACCGAGAAGAGUGCCGAAUAUGCCCAGGCUGUAAUGGACAUGUGUGACAUCAUCCAUAAUCGCCAGCUGAAAUUGUUCUAUCGUCUCGAUUCCACCUAUAGUUUUACCAAGCUACGUGAGCGUGACAAUAAACUGAUGAACGUCAUCCUGAGCAUGACACGCAAAGUUGUGGAGGACCGUAAGAAGAACUUUAAUGCCGAGGAACGUGGUAUUGUUGAUCGUACCGCCGAAGAUGCUAAGCUCAAGGCUAAGGCGGCCAAGAAGGAAGGUCUGCGCGAUGAUCUGGAUGAUAUCGAUGAAAAUGACAUUGGCGAGAAGAGACGUUUGGCUUUGUUGGAUGCCAUGAUGGAAAUGGAAAAGAAUCCCGAUAUUAAGUGGACCGAUAAGGAUGUGAUGGAUGAAGUCAAUACAAUUAUGUUUGAGGGUCACGAUACCACAGCAGCCGGUUCCAGUUUCGCCCUUUGUAUGCUGGGCAUUCAUCAGGAUGUGCAGCAGCGUGUCUUCGAGGAGCAACAGGCCAUUUUUGGUGAUGAUCUCAAUCGUGAUUGCACAUUCGCCGAUACCUUACAAAUGUCCUAUUUGGAACGGGUUAUUUGCGAGACACUGCGUUUGUUCCCACCAGUCCCCUUGAUUGCCCGUAAAGCGGAAGAGGAUGUAAAUCUGAAAUCUGGACCCUAUACCAUCGCCAAGGGUACCACUGUGGUGCUGCUACAAUACUUUGUUCAUCGUCGUGCCGACAUCUAUCCCGAUCCUGAGAAAUUCAAUCCCGACAAUUUCUUGCCCGAGCGUACUGCUAAUCGUCAUUAUUACGCUUACAUCCCGUUCAGUGCUGGACCACGUAGUUGUGUUGGCCGUAAAUUUGCCAUGUUGCAACUGAAGGUGUUGCUUUCGACCAUCAUACGCAACUAUCGCGUUAGCUCCACCCGCACCCAAAAGGACUUCCAAUUGCAGGGUGAUAUUAUUUUGAAAAUGGCCAAUGGUUUCAACAUCACCUUAGAGAAGAGACCCACAGCUAAGGUUUGAGGAUUUGCUUAUGGCAAUGGAUUAACUCGAUUCUGCAAUGGAUGGCUUAAAUCUACUUAGGUUGAACUGUCUGUAGUGAUUUAUUCUUGAAGUUUUUCCAACUAACCCCCCAUUCAAAACAUACUAAUUUUUGCGAACGAUAUCGUGUACUUUGAUAUAUUG